GCUCUUCCAGAUAAAUCGCACUCCCCCCUCCGCGCUGCCGCGAUUCACCAGCAUCCUGCAGACAUGGACGUGGUCAACCAGCUGGUGGCAGGGGGGCAUUUUCGUGUCGUGAAGGAGCCAUUGGGAUUCAUCAAAAUUCUUGAAUGGCUAUUUUCCAUCUUUGCCUUCGCAACAUGCGGGAGUUACAGCGGAGAAUUCACCCUGAGCAUCGAGUGUAGCAACAAAACGGAGAGCAAGCCGAAUAUCAAAGUGGACUUUGAGUAUCCCUUUAAGCUGCACCAGGAGUACUUCGAAGCUCCAACAUGCCAGGGCGGCGCUACCACUAAGGUGUUUUUGGUUGGCGAUUAUUCCUCCUCUGCCGAGUUUUUUGUCACCAUAGCGGUGUUCGCUUUCCUUUACUCCCUUGGGGCACUUGCAACGUACAUCUUCUUACAGAACAAAUACCGCGAGAACAACAAAGGUCCCAUGAUCGACUGUAUAGUGACCGCCGUCUUUGCCUUCCUGUGGCUGGUAAGUUCAAGUGCAUGGGCCAAGGGCUUGUCUGACAUUAAGGUGGCUACUGACCCCGAGUUGAUCAAGGAAGGGAUCGCCACGUGCAAGAGUCCAGAGACCACAUGUCAAGAAGUGAGGGAUCCCGUGAUGUCGGGGCUCAACACCUCUGUGGCCUUUGGCUUCCUGAACUGUGUAAUCUGGCUCGGAAACGUCUGGUUUGCAUUCAAAGAGACCGGCUGGACCACUCCAUUCAUGAAGUACCCACCACCAGCCCAGGAGAAACAGCCUGCUCCAGACUCCUACGCUCAGGGUCAGGGCUACGCUCAGCAGGACUCUUACGGACAACAAGCAGGUUAUCAGCCCGACUAUUAUGGCCAGCAGCCCGAAUACAACCAACAGGGGUACAGCCAAGGGGGGUAUAGCCAACAAGUCGUCGCCCCAACCUCUUUCUCCAACCAGAUGUGAGCUGGUGAGUGUCUGGACGGCUUCUCCGCAGCCGAUCAGUGAGCUCAAGCUUCCGGUUGUGAUAUUCUGAUGUGCAGUGAUGCAGCCCGGCUGCCCGAGUGAAUAUUAAUGGGAGAAUGUCGUGUCCGUGCUGUUUAUAUAAUAUAUAAUAUAUAAAGAUAUUUAAUGAUAUAUAUCUGUACUAAAACACAGGAAAAAUCCCAUCUCAUCCUACCAGAGACUGUCUUCCUGCAGAGCAUUGCUAUGUGAUCCUCCCCCCCUCUCUACUGGAAUCAUGCAGAGCAUUGCUAUGUGACCCAAAGGAAUAUCUCUGCCAAUCCUUUUCCUUGCCAGGCGGGCAGGGCUGCAUCGCAUCAUGUUGUUAACUGUCCCCCCUACAGUAUUGUAACGUUACGGAGUGGUGAAAUUUGACCUCCUAUCAGUCCUCCUGGCAGGGCAAUCGAUUUCCAGGGGCCCGCCGUCUCUGUAUGCACCGUUUUUUAAGCUUCUGGUUAGUUCUAGAUUUCCUUUUAGCAAUCUGUGAUGUUUGCAAAUUGCAACGCAUUGUAGGCCCGGCUUGCACGAUAAAGGGAUUGAUGCAGAAUUGAACACUUCCGCCCUGUGAAGCAUAGGUAGGUCGGCCGACACACACAGCUAAGGCGGCCAUGUCAAAUGACGCCAGCUGUGGUGCGGAAUAGUAAGGUGGUGGAUCCAAGAACGGGAAGGAUGUCGGAGGAUAAUCCCUGCUACGGGCACUCUGGGUACUGAAUAUCCCCUGUUUUUUCUCCCGACCAUUAUUAACCUCUGCUUCACGUGCACAUCUUCUCCACCCCCCCAAAACCGCCUAUGCCUGGUACCCCCUUUGUGCUGUAUAUUGUGUUUGUGACACUAAAGUUGCGUGUUGUAAUCCUGACUGGAAAAUAAAGACAGGCUGGA